AUGGUCGACUGGUAUGAGGACCAAUUUCGGCCCAAGGCGGAUCGGAAGUUGACUCUGGAGGAGGCCAGAGAGCUGAGCUCACAUUGGGAGCCCAUUGACUCAGACCCAAUCACAUUCGAUGAGAUUGAGGAGUCAAUCCCGCCUCCAGACUGGCCAGAUUGGCAGGAGAGGCACUUCCGGCGUGUGCAGUGGAUGCUGUACCUUUUGAGGCUUGCACACGUCAAUAGGGGCCUGACAGUGCCCGGUGAGAGGCUGCAUGAGUCGGGGCUCAUAAAGGACGACGUAGAGUUUCGGAGUAGGGAGCUCGGGAUCAUUUCAGGCUAUGAUGCUUGGAUGAAAAUCAUGCGCAACCUGCAAGACAAUGGUGCAGUAUCAGAGCUUGCCAACAUUUGGGCCAAGAUGAAUCCUCCCAAAGAGGGCGCUGCUGAGGGGACGCCUUGCAGCUGGCACAUAGUGGUGGACCACUAUAUCAAUUUGCCCCUACCGGACUGGUAUCUGCAGGAAAUGACAAAGGUGAAUGAGGAGCUGGACGCUGCCAAUGAAGAAGAGGAACAGGACGAGGAUGAGCCUCUUGAUGACUGGGGCGACCUUUUUAGCAAUGUGGAGCUGCCCAAGGGUGGUUUUGAGGAGCUGGAAGAGAUGGCCGACUACCGCAACGACAUCGCCUUGAUGGUGAAGGAGGCUGAGAAGAGGCGGUGGCAGGAGGAGAGGGUGGCUGCAGAGGAGGCGAAGCAGAAGAGAAGGGGUGCGGAGGAGGCUAGGGGUGGCUCACCGCCUGGCUCGACCUCUGAUAGGGACAGAGAGGGUGGUGAAAGUGGGCCGUUUUGGAUGGAAGACGGGGCAGGGGAGGCGUACCUGUCUGGAGACGUCCUGACCCUCAAUUGCACCAUCAUGUACGAAAUCGACAUCGAGGCUGGGCAGAUCUGGAGAAUGAAGUUUGGAUGGGCGGCCGCAUUGGGGAACAUCAAGUCAGCUGAGGAUGCAUUGAUGUUGUUCAGGAAAGCUGCAGGCUCAGAACAUGAAGGGGAAGGCAGGGACUAUAGCGACUGGGGCCACUUACGGGUCAAUGUUUAG